AGUCUUUUAAGGCCUUUUCACACUUGUCCACUUUGGAUCCAGAUUUGCAACCUGCUAAAAUAGAAUCCUCUUUGGUUGUGUUCACACUAGGCUACUUUGAAAGAAUUAAAAGUGAAUUAAACUGCAUUGGCUGCUACAGGUUAUGAAUAUUUAAUUAAGAUCAAUCCACCUCAAACCACCUCCGGAUGUGGAUUGACUGGAUCUAGAUUCAAUCCUGAUUCAAGACAAGUGUGAACAAGCCAAUCCUGUUUUAAUCCUGGAUUUUAUCUCAAUUCUGGAUCCAAAGUGGACAAGUGUGAAAAGGCCUUAAUUAUUAUCUAUCCGCUUUUAGCCCUUAGAGCUAGAUCUAGAUCUAGAUCUAGGUGUGGUUCAGACUUCUGUCAGUCUUAUCGUUUUGUCUACAUGUUUCUUCUGGCUUUGUUUCUUUCUGCUUGGGUAUUACCAGUAUACGUAGCUCUUGGUUGCUCACAUGGUCAGAUUCGUCUAGUGGAUGGAAAUGGUCCAAAUGAGGGAAGACUAGAAAUAUGUAUUAAUGGAGAUUGGGGAACUGUUUGUGAUGAUAAGUGGUCACACACCAAUGCUCAAGUAGUUUGUAGACAACUGGGAUACUCUACUGAUGGGGCUGUAUUUCUUGAGAAAGCAUUCUUUGGUGCUGGGAAUGGGUCCAUACUAUUAGAUGAAGUUGAAUGUUCAGGAUCGGAAGAUACAAUACUUCAAUGUAUGCACAAUAGUUUUGGGUCUCAUGAUUGUGGACAUCAUGAGGAUGUAGGUAUACAUUGCUCAGAAUCAGUAACAAUAGAAGACUCUGUUAAAAAUAUCACAGUGUGUGAUACUGAACUUGAUGACCAACUGUGGUCAGUAAUGAGUACCAAUGGUAGGUGUGAGCCUUACAUUAAAAGAGACUCUGAAGUUGGAAUUUGUGAUGACCUUUAUAUUGCUUGGACUGAUUAUGUGUACAUUCCAAAUAGACGUCUUGAAGGCUCUCAGAAUCUUUUAAGACAGUUCACAGAAGAACUUGAUGAGUUUAUUCCAUCAAUACCAGUCCGCUGUCGUGAUAUUGCUGUUAGAGUUCUGUGUACUCACUAUUACUUGCCCUGUGGUUUUAAUGGUACCCUGCAUGUUCCACUACCUUUAUGUCCUGAUGUGUGUCGAUACAUGUCAGAAACAUUGUGUCCUGAUAUUUGGUCAAUUACUGCUAGUUAUCUUGCCUCUGCUCAAAUUCCCUCAUCAUAUAGAAAUGAUGAGGGAAUCAAAUUACCAUCAUGUAACAAUACUGAUAAGCUAAUUGAUUUUCUAAAUUUGACUAGCGACUGUUGCUCUAAUGGAGGUGUUUUACUGCCUGUGACAGAUACUUCCUCAGUUAUCCUGUCAGCAUCACAUCACACUACCAGCAGUAUGUACAGUGCAAUAACAACAGAACCAACUGUCAUUCCUACUGUGAUUCCUACUGCUUUUUCAUUUAUGUUAACAUCAGUAUUAAUCCCAUUAGCAGUAACUAUUCCACUAGUUCUACUGGUAGUAUUUAUGGCAGUGUUAUUCAUUUUCUGUUUGAUUAAAAGGAGAGGAAAAAUGAAGAAAAAUACGACAGAUCUAGUGCUGCAUGUAAUCCCCUCAAAGCCUUUGUUACCUUCUGAUAGCAGUAGAGAAAACAUUUAUAAUCCUAGCAAACCUAUUGAUAUUUCAUCAAAGUACAUGAAACAGUUAUCAGAUUAUAUAAUAUCAGGAUCAUUCAUUGAAAUACAAGAAACUGUUGGACAAGGUGAAUUUGGUAUAGUGUAUCGUGGUGUAAUGACAAGUAACACUCAAAUGCCAAAAGCAGUUGCUGUGAAAACAUUAAAAGGUUUUUAUAAAGAGAGUGACAUUGAUUCCUUAUUGGAUGAGUGCAUUAUAAUGAUGUCAUUUGAUAAUUUAAAUGUAUUACCACUGAUUGGUGUGUGUCUUGAUCUUGGACCAGCUCCAUACAUUAUCAUGCCUUUCAUGUCAAGAGGAAGUUUAUUGUCUUACCUCAAGAAAGAGAGGCCUAAUCUUACAGUAGCUGAUACCAGUGAAGAGGAUAUUAUACUGAAUGUCAGGAAACAGUUACUCUCCAUUUGUUUACAAGUUGCUAAUGGAAUGUCUUACUUAGCUUUACAGAAAUUCAUUCAUCGUGAUCUUGCUGCUAGAAAUUGCAUGAUUGAUAAUAAUGGUGUUAUCAAAGUGGCAGAUUUUGGACUAUCUGAGGACAUAUAUGCCUGCAAUUACUUCAGGCAACUAAAGGGCAGUGAUAAUAACUCGGGAUCAUCAACAGUUAAACUACCAGUGAAAUGGAUGGCAUUAGAGAGUCUUCAUGAUGGACUGUUCUCUGAAAAAUCAGAUGUUUGGUCUUAUGGUGUACUUUGUUGGGAAGUGUUCAGUCUUGGUAAGGUACCAUAUCCUGGUCUGGAUCCAAUAGGAGUAGUGGAGUUACUGGAUACUGGAGGACGAUUGCAGUGCCCAUAUAAUGGAGCCUGCUCACAGGAAAUAUACUCAUUGAUGAUGUUAUGUUGGUCUGAGUCUCCAAUUGAUAGGCCAGUGUUCAGUGAUUUAGUUUCAUCAAUUAAUAAUCUCAUUGAGCCAUUAGCCGGCUACAUUGAUUUCACCCAAAUUAACAAUAAUUGUAUAAAAAAAGAAAAUAACUAUUAUUGAAUUUUGUCAUUCUUUUUAAUAUUUUGUAUGUAGUUUCUAAGACCUACUUAUUUUAAUAGAACAUUGAACUAAUUUUACUAAA